GAGAGGAUUGGGUUCCUCCGGCAGCAGAUCCUGGACCAGAGGAGGGCGGUGGGGAGAGCCCUGAGGGCGUCUGCAGCACGGAGCCGAGCUGACGGAGGAGGUGGAGGAAGUCGCUUUCAGACUUUCCUGCUGUGGUUACCUGGAGGGGCUCACCUGUCUCAUCUACUGGCUCGUCCUGCGCUCAGCUGUCUGUCCUGCGGGGAGACGGUGAGAGGGGACGACGUGGUCGCCUGUGACGUCCCGCGGUGUGCAGGCCUGUUCUGUCGGCCAUGUUUCCUGAGUCUGGAGAGCACGUGUGCCGUCUGCACGCGACCUCUGACCUCCGGUGAAGAGGGCGAAGAGGAGCUCGACUCCAGUGACGACGAGCAGCUGAACUCAGGAGCAGGAGGAAGUGACAUCAUAGACUCCGACUCCCAGCUGAGCAGACAUGACGUACCAGGACCGACCCGGGUCGGACGACAGCGACGACUCCUUCCACUCCGCCUCCUCUCGACGGAGCAGCCCGCAGGACCCGAGCCUGCAGUCCGUCCUCGUGCACGCACCGGAGUGACUGCAGGACCCCCCAGGACCCUCCAGGACCCUCCAGGAGUCUCCAGGACUCUCCAGGACCCCUGUUACGAUGCAAUUAAAGUUAUGGAAGCAUGGAUUGAUUAGUUUCAUUCACGCCAUGAAGACAGAGGACGUAGCUCCGCCCCCUGCGCUCUCUGGAGCUCAGUGUCCUUCUAACGUCUCAGGAAGAACAUUUAAGCUUCAGAUAAAAUAUGUAAAAUUGGACACUGCUGGCUGAACGAAUAUAUGAAGUACACAGUAUUUAUGAACAUGCAAAUACCAAACAAGACUACAUUUGAAUACG